CUGUGUUGGCAGAACUCGAGUAGCCUUCCUACAGUGAUAUCGGCGCGCAAGUUUUCGAGUGCAAGUAGACCAAAAUGUCGGCACAGAAAUACAUAAUCGGUCUGACCUUUUUGGUCGCCGCUCUGUUGGCCAUCAACUUUGUACCCGCAAGUGGUGCUGUUAAUUCCUAUGCCGCCGCCAACAACAAAUCGCACCAUCUGAUUGUUGGCUACAGGAUGCCCGGUGACAGACUCGUGUUAAGACAGAAUAUCGUCAAGAAUUCUUCCUGGAUGCAAAUUGUAACUGUCGAGAAGACCUUCAAUACCUCUGCUUGGGAACGUAUAACUCAACUUCAAGCGUUAGACCAGAAAACAAAUGGCAAUGGUGCUUACGCCAGUAUCCUACGAGGUGGACCGGCACACAGCAACGUCACCAUAAAGUUCAAGAGCCAGAGGGGUCAUGGUAUCAACUUCAUCGUUGAGCUUUACGCACGUUAAUCAAUUUUGAUAAGAGCAGUUAACACUACAACACUACCGGUGCGAUGAUUUCUGGACGCAGUCAGAAUGGAGAAGUAAAACAACUAAUUUUAAAGGCAAUAACGUCAAUUUCAUAUAUAUGUUCUGAACUAUUUAUUUUUACAACACUGUUAUUAUUGCCGCUAAAAGAAGACAAGUCAUUCUGAAUACUCUUCACUGUACUAUUGCUGUUAUAUGUAUAUCACAAAUAAAUUCAAGAAAUUAAUGCAA